CCACCCUCCUCCGUGACACACACCCGCAUCCCACCCUCCUCCGUGACACACACCCGCAUCCCACCCUCCUCCGGGACACACACCCGCAUCCCACCCUCCUCCGGGACACACACCCGCAUCCCACCCUCCUCCGGGACACACACCCGCAUCCCACCCUCCUCCGGGACACACUCCCGCAUCCCACCCUCCUCCGGGACACACUCCCGCAUCCCACCCCCCUCCGGGACACACACCCGCAUCCCACCCCCCUCCGGGACACACACCCGCAUCCCACCCUCCUCCGUGACACACACCCGCAUCCCACCCUCCUCCGGGACACACACCCGCAUCCCACCCUCCUCCGGGACACACACCCGCAUCCCACCCUCCUCCGGGACACACACCCGCAUCCCACCCUCCUCCGGGACACACACCCGCAUCCCACCCUCCUCCGGGACACACACCCGCAUCCCACCCUCCUCCGGGACACACACCCGCAUCCCACCCUCCUCCGGGACACACACCCGCAUCCCACCACUGGGGCGACUACUGCUGACCGCGGCAAAACAACACACCUAG